CGCCCGGAGGAUGCCGAGCGCUUCCGCCAGAAGUUCUCCGACCAUCAUUUCCAGCGCUUCCAGAGCCGCAAGAUCAGCAGCGUCUGCGCCGCGCACGUGCAGGGGCUCGACCAGAACCUGUACCACUUCAGGAACCGCGCCGUGACGCAUGCCAGGAACGGCCAGUACCGCCCGAUCGUCCUGAAGGGGAACGUCCGCGUGGACUUCGAGGUGGCGCUGGCCGAGGCCAAGACGAGGGUGGAGGCCUCCACCGAGCAGGACAGCGUGGCGGCGCCCGCCCCCCAGCCACCGCCUGGCCUGGCCGCGGGCGGCGAAAGGGCUCCGCGCGCAUCGCAGGGCGCUGCUCGGCCGCGUGCCGGCGCCGGGCCCGCAGCGUCGACGCUGGGGCGGGAGGGGCUCGAGAUGGCCAUCCGCGACCUGGCCAUGGCCAUCAAGUGCGGCCAGCACCUGCAGGGCGGCGACCAGAAGCUCGGCCUCGGCAUCGCCCCGCCCCCGGGCCUCCCGGUCGCUGACACGCCGGUUCGCACCCGCAGCAACACGGCCAGCAGCGCCGCCAGCCAGGGGCCGAUGGACUACCCUGCCUAUGUGCAGCUGCCCUCGUCUGCGGCGGCGGUGACCUUCGGCCACGACGUUGAGGACUCGUACCCCUUCAAGCGCAGCGUCAGCGGCGCCAGCGGCGCCAGCGAGGCGUCCACCAGGGUCACUUUCUCGCGCAGCAUCACGGAGGACUCGAAGGUCCACGUUAGUCACUUCGCGUAGGUCUACCCGUCGCUCUGAGUGUUCGAGCGGAGGCAGCCUGAGGACAGCGCGUGGUGCGAGCAGGAAGUGCAUCUGUUUGAAGUUCCGAAUGUGGGGUGAAUGAGACGCUGAGGGUGUACCAUCUUAUUGUCAGAAGGUUGGUACAUGGGCCGCUUAUGCAACGGCUUCGCGCAUUCCACUGGCUUAUGUUGGUAUCGUCCUCGCCAUUUGCCUGCGCGCUUGAGGGAAUUUGGAAGGUCGCACUGGGGCAAUUCUAUGUUUUAUUAUUUUGUUUUACUUUCGGGCUUCCGCCCGCUCUCGGAUGGCUUUCGCCUACUCUUAGGGUGGGUUCUUCCCAGCUUUGGUCCCAUUUGUCCGCAGUCCACCUAGGCCUACCCUCGCGCGAACGGACCGAAACCGCAUAACUGCGGCGUCUUACCUGAGCUGUAUGCCUGUGAAGGAUCUAGCGCGCCUGUGGCUCGUUGGGCUGGCGACUCGUUGCCCAUAUUCCUGACGCGCCCAGGGUUCAGUUGGCACGCCCUUGCCGUGUUGCGACGACGGGGGCGGGGGGCCACGGGGAGAUCCGCGGGCAGUGGGAGCCAUCUGCCCUUAUUGCUGCCGGCGUAGGCGUUCGCGGCAGCGCACUCGGCACUCGGCACCCUUUUCCUGGAGAUCUGCGAGGCUGCCCCUGUCCGUGGAGUGCGCUCCCCCCAGAAUGAUCUCGGGGGUGGACAGAACCCCCACCCU